GUCUCCAUUCAUGACCUUUCACCCUUCAACUCAAGGCAUGAGGCUGGCGGGCUGUAGCAUUAGUUUGUUUACGAAAGUCUGAAAACAUUAGCUAGGAGUUGUGCUCGUUAAUACAGUUGUAAAGUCGCUUAACACAACAUCACCGGACGGCACUGUCAGCAGGACAUCGGCUUGAGCUGAAGCAAUGCCGUCUAGCGUCGGACCGAGCAGUCCAGCCGCUGCUCUUGCCGAAGCUUUGGAGAGCUCUAGCCGGCUGAUCGAUAGACAUCUUCAGGAGGAUCGCUGCUUCCCAGACCUGUCAGAACUCCUCAAUGUUCCUUCUCACAACAUGCCCUCCCUGUCUGGGGUAUCCGACAUGGACUACCCGCUCCAAGGACCGGGGCUUAUUAGCGUACCGAACCUCCCAGAGCUUAGUGCGGUACGCAGGGUGCCCCUUCCACCUGAGCUGGUGGAGCAAUUCAGCCAUAUGCAGUGCAACUGCAUGAUGGGAGUUUUCCCCGAGAUCUGCCGGGCAUGGCUCACCAUCGACAACGACAUCUUCAUGUGGAACUAUGAAGAUGGGGGUGAUGUGGCGUACUUUGAUGGACUGAGUGAAACCAUUCUCUCAGUAGGCCUGGUGAAACCCAAACCAGGUAUUUUCCAGCCACAUAUCCACUUCCUGUUGGUCUUGGCCACCCCGGUGGAUGUGGUGAUCCUGGGACUGAGCUUCCCCAAGGCUCAGGCAGGCCUGAACGACAGCAUGUCCGGUGGGAUGCAGCUGCUGCCCGACCCCCUGUACUCCAUCCCCACAGACAACACCUACCUGCUGGCCAUCACCUCCACCGACCUGGGCCGCAUCUUCCUGGCGGGCAAGGACGGCUGCCUGUACGAGGUGGCCUACCAGGCGGAGGCGGGCUGGUUCAGCCAGCGCUGCAGGAAGAUCAACCACUCCAAGAGCAGCCUGUCCUUCCUGGUCCCCUCCCUGCUCCAGUUCUCCUUCUCUGAGGACGAUCCCAUUGUGCAGAUCGCCAUCGACAACUCCCGCAACGUUCUGUUCACGCGGUCUGAGAAGGGAGUCCUGCAGGUGUACGACCUGGGUUCAGACGGCCAGGGCAUGAGUCGAGUAGCGGCCAUGUCACUCAACUCCAUCGUGGCCGCGGCCGGGAACAUCGCCAGGACCAUCGAUCGCUCCGUCUUCAAGCCCAUCGUCCAGAUCUCCGUGAUCGACAGGUCCGAGUCGUCAGACUGCCACCUGCUCGCUGUCACUCACGCAGGGGUGCGGCUGUACUUCAGCACCGCCCCCUUCGCCCUGCCCCACCAGAAGCAGGCGGCCGGGCGGCCCAGCCUGCUGGCUCUGGUCCACGUCCGGCUCCCCCCCGGUUUCUCCGCUUCCUCCACCAUGCAGAAGCCUGCCAAGGUGCACAAGGCUCUCCACAGCAAAGGAGUGCUGCUGAUGGCGGCUGCGGACACGGAGGACAGUGACAUCCUGUGGUGCGUCAACCACGACUCGUUCCCCUUCAAGAAGCCCCUGAUGGAGGCCCAGACGAUGUCGGCUGUGGAUGGCCACUCCUGGGCUCUGUGUGCCAUCAGCGAGGAGCCCGCCCCCCGUAUCUGCACCCCCCUGAACAGGGACCACAUCCCCCUCACAGACCCCCCCGUGGUGGUGCAGCAGCACAGCGUUCCUCCACAGAAGUUCGUCCUCCUCUCAGCCAAGGGCAGUCACAUCUUUCACAAGCUGAGGCCUGUGGACCAGCUGCGCCACCUGCUGGUGAGCGGCGCCGGAGGGGAGAGCGACGAGAUGGAGCGCUUCUUCAAGCUGCACAGGGAGGAGCAGGCGUGUGCCACAGCUCUGAUCCUGGCCUGCUCCAGCGCUGCCUGUGACAGGGAGGUGUCCCUCUGGGCCACCAGAGCCUUCUUCAGGUACGGUGGAGAGGCUCAGAUGAGGUUUCCCACCGCCCUCUCAGCUCCCAGCAACGUUGGUCCUCUCAUGGGUUCUCCUGUCCCAGGAUCCCCUGUUCCUGUGGGCAGUCCCUUCCAUAACCCCAGCUUCCUAGCCACGCCUGCCCCAGGUAUGAUGCCUCCCAGUAUGUCCACGCCCUUCAUCUCGGCCCUGCCCAUGCCGUCAGGCUCCGCCCCCAUGUCGUCAGGCCCGGAGGUGGUGUUCUCUGGGAAGCACAACGGCAUCAGCAUCUACUUCACCCGUGUCCUGGGGAACAUCUGGGAUGGUAGUCUGGCUGUGGAGAAGACGGUCUCUAAAGGAGACCAGACUGUCAGCAUGUUGGAUAGUACAGUCAGCUCCUCAGAUCUGGAGUCGGUGCUUCUGGAGCUACGAGGCCUCAAGGACUUCCUGGACAAGAACGCCCAGUUCAGCCCCUCCUCUCUGGGGGCCCCCAGCUUCAGCUCCCCGGCCCACCUGCAGCAGCGUCUGCUGGGCUUCAUGCGUCCGGACGGGGCCACCUCGCAGCAGGUCCAGCAGGAGCUCCAGAGGAAGUACCACACCGAGGCCCAGGCCUAUGAGAAGAUCUCCCUGCAGGGCAUCCAGCAGCUGGUGCAUCGCUCCUGUCAGACCCUGGCCCUCUGGAAGCUUCUGUGUGACCACCAGUUCAGCCUGGUCCUGUCUGAACUGCCCAAGGAUCUCCAGGAGCAGAUGAAAGCUGUGAGCUUCAGGGACCUGGUGACCCGGGGUCGGGAGCUGACCGGCGCCCUCAUCACUGCCCUGGUCAGCGUCUACAUCAAGGACAGCGCCUCGGUGGACGCAGUCAGCAGCCACCUGCGGGACGUCUGCCCCCUGCUGUACAGCAGCGACGACAGCGUCUGCGCCAAGGCUAAUGAGCUGCUGCAGGGAUCCAGGCAGGUGCAGAACAAGGCUGAUAAGGAGCGCACUCUGAGAGAGUCUCUGCGUCUCUACCAGCAGAUCAGCUACCACACUGACCUGACCCUGGUGUGCUCCCAGUACAGGCAGGUGCGUUUCUACGAGGGCGUUCUGGAGCUGGGCCUGACGGCAGCAGAGAAGAAGGACCCCCAGAGGCUCGGCCCUCACUUCUACAAGAACGGAGAACCAGAGGAGGACCAGGCGGGCCAGCAGGCCUUCCAGGAGAGGCUGUCGUGUUACAAGUGCAUCACAGACACCAUGCAGGAGCUGGUGACCCAGAGCAAGGCUGCUCCCCAGUCCCCCAGCGUCCCCAAGCAGCCUGGGCCCCCAGUCAUGACCUCCGACCCCAACAUGCUCAGCAACGAGGAUGCCACCGCCCACUUGGAGCAGAUGCUUAGCCUGGCCCAGAGGUCCCAUGAUGAGCUGUUCCACAUAGCCCUGUACAACUGGCUGAUCCAGGCCGACCUCACAGACAAGCUGCUGGAGGUGAACUCCCCCUACCUGGAGGAGCACCUGAUGCGUGUGGUGAAGCAGGACCAGGGCCAGGUGAGGAACAUGGACAUGCUGUGGCGCUACUACGAGAAGAGCCGCAGCUUCGGCAAGGCUGCCCACGUCCUGGCGCGCCUGGCUGACAUGCACAGUACGGAGAUCUCUCUGAAGCAGAGGCUGGAGUACAUCUCCAGAGCCAUCCUGUCUGCCAAGAGCUCCUCCUGCAUCUCCACCCAGGGAGCCAACGGGGAGUUCCUCCACGAGCUGGAGGAGAAGAUGGAGGUGGUGAGGAUCCAGCUCCAGAUCCAGGACACCCUCAGCAGGCAGUACUCCCACCACCCCUCCGUGCAGGGCGCCGUCGCCCAGCUCGACUCCCAGCUCAUGGACAUCACCAAGCUGUAUGGGGAGUUUGCGGACCACUUCAGGUUGUCUGAAUGCAAGCUGGCCAUCAUCCACUGUGCUGGUCACUCUGACCCCAUCCUGGUCCACUCCCUGUGGCAGGAGAUCAUGGAGAAAGAGCUGGGCGACAGCUUGGCCAUGAGCCCAGCGGACAGGAUGAGAGCUCUGAGUCUCAAACUGGUCUCACUGGGGAAGGUCUACGCUGGCACGCCCAGAUACUUCCCCCUAGAAUUCCUGGUGAAGUUCCUAGAGCAGGAAGUGUGUCGUCUGAACUGGGACGUGGGCUUCGUGACCUUCACCAUGCAGGAGAUCGGAGUCCAGCUGCCCCACCUGCUGGAGGUCUACGACCAGCUCUUCAAGACACGGGACCCGUGCUGGCAGAGGCUGCAAAAGCCUCUCCACCUGGUGGAGUGCAUCCACAUCCUGCUGUCUGGCUACGUGGACGAGCCCGGCAAGGUGCCCACCUACGACAGGCGCCGGUUCACCAACGUGUGUCUGGACAACAUCUGUGGCUACUUGGUGGAGCUGCAGUCUCUGAGCCCCAACUCCGCCCUGCAGCACACCAUCGGCAACUUCAAAGCCCUGCAGGCCAAGCUGGAGAAGGUUCACUGAACCUCCCCUGUGAGGGAGAGAGAGGAGGGGGGGGAAACUCCCCUGUGAGGGAGAGAGGGGAGGGGGGGACAACUGACUCUUCAGCUGUUUAACACCUGAACACGGAUCAAACCGGCUCAAACUUGUACGGUCCAGAGCUACAAACACGACCUAAAUGAUUCUGUCUCGAGUGUGUCCUGUGUCUUUGGCCUGGCUGUGUGUUUGCCCGGGCUUUAGCUGUGGGUUUAGUAUCUGUCUGAAGAGGAGAACGUGAAGGCCGUCUCUGACGCUGCUGCAGUGGCCUCUAGUGGACACCUGAGGAACUACAUGAGUGACCACCGCCAGCAGUUUUUUUUUUUUUUUUUUUUACACAACCUGACUGACUUCACACAAUUUUUAACUUAUUAUACACAUACAUGCAUUUGUUGUUUUUUGUGUGUGGAACAAAAAGUUAUGAUCCAAUUAGUUUGGAAAACAAUCAUCAACAGAACACACGGUGAACGUGAUUGGUUGCAGACGUGUACUCCCGUCAGAACGUUAGCCAAUGAGAGUAGAGAGACGCUCGAGUAGAAUCUACGCUGUCAAACCAACGUUAUGAAAUACUCUCCGCAGCUGGACAGAACGUGGGUCAGAGACACCCUGUCGGCCUGUCACACUCUGGAAUCUGUGUCUGGACUGAACACACUGUCCAAGCGUGUGACCUGCACUCAUGUUAUUCCCUCCAAAGCACCAAUUAAUUUUCCUCCCUCCCUCCACUCCUUGUUGUGUUUCAACCUUGCCUACUGACAUCUGUUCACAAACAUGUGGGUAAUUAUGUCCCCUUCAGUCCCCGUGAGCCUGAAUCCUCUCUGCUGAUCCAGGCCCAGUCCUAGAGCCAGGUCUGUCUGUUUCCGAUCCCCCCUCUGUCUUUGUGAAGCUGGAUCACAAACGCUGUAGACACAGCUGUACUGUUGGCCCUGCUCAAGGCAUAUUCCAAAAUCUCAACCUUAACUCGACCACAAACAUGAAAGUAUUCUUUUUUUUCUUGAACACGAAUCGGUGUGCGAGUCUGUAGAAACACAGAGUUUGGAUGAAUGUCGUUAUGAUUAGGAUUAUGUAUGUUGUGUUUUGGUGAAGCGAGCCUCGAUCCAGCCUUGCGAGAGGGUGCUGUUUAAAAUAGCUAUACCUAAAUAACGUGGCCUGCGGUUUUUUAUAAAAGCGGUGUUUUUACAUAGUUAUUUCAAAUUGUCUCUUGGUUUCUUUGUUUACAGUUUGUAUUGCAUACUAUUAAAUAACAAACAAUAAAACAUUUUGCAACCUGG